GGCUCGCAGAGCGGCUACAGCCGCGCGCUGUUCCCGCACUGGAUCACCAUCUCCGGGACGUGCAACACGCGGGAGGAGGUGCUGAAGCGCGACGGCACGUCGGUCGUGACCAGCUCUGCGUGCGCGUCGACAUCGGGCAGUUGGCUGUCGCCGUACGAUGGCGCGACGUGGACGGCGGCGUCGGAUCUCGAUAUCGAUCAUCUGGUGCCGCUGAGCAAUGCGUGGAAGAGCGGGGCGUCGUCGUGGACGACACCGCAGCGACAGGCAUUUGCGAAUGAUUUGACGAAUCCCCAGCUGUUAGCUGUGACGGAUAAUGUGAAUGAGGCAAAGAGUGAUUCGGGGCCGGAGGACUGGAAACCGCCGUUGAGUAUGUCGUGUGGUCUUGAAUUGAAUGGAUGGAUGAGCUGA